UCGAUCUGCGCUAUAUACCUACUCUGCACUUACGCCUCGACUCGAUGUUCCUCUACUCUGCUGCUGCUGCUGCUGCUAGCUAGCUAGCUGCUUAUUCAAGUAUCAGUUCGGAACGCCGCGCGACUCGUCGUAAAUCUAGUUAUCAUCUCUUAGUCAGCGAGACGAGAGCACGGUGAUAAGCACUCUCUCUCUCUCUCUCUCUCUCUCUCUCUCUCUGUGCGCGCGUGUGUGCAUCGUGAUUCGUGCGUCAGUGAAACCUGUGAAACGGUGCAAGUAAUACUGUGUGACUCAACAAUCGUCAGUCAAUCGUCGUCAGCUGCACCUGCGCUGCUCGGCUGCUGUGCUGGGACUCGACAGACUCGACUCCUAUACUCGGCUCGAGUCUUUUGCUGCCUACAAGUAUAUAAUAUAUGAAGCUCUGACACCCGGAGCAUUCUUCUCUAUGCGCAUGAAAAAGGUAUAGAGACGGUGUUCGCUGUUCGGACGACUUUCGCUCUCAUCGGCGGUCCCAGCGUCCCAGCCCAAGCCCCUCAAAGUAUACCUAACUCUGGCUAACCUGCUGCUGCAGGCAGCGUCAAGAUGUGCGGAGGAUUUACGUGCUCGAAAAAUGCUCUAACGGCGCUCAACAUUCUCUAUAUCCUCUUAUAUCCUCUCUCACCACAGGUUGUUGCGUUCAUCUUAAUUGGAGUAGCGGUCUAUGGCAGAGCCUCUGCUCUAGUUACAAACCUGCCCAUCAUUGGAGGAAUAUUAGCUUGCGGAGUUAUACUAAUACUGAUAUCCAUACUCGGACUCAUCGGAGCUGUCAAACAUCACCAAGUUUUGCUGUUUUUCUAUAUGCUCAUUUUGUUCCUGUUGUUCCUCAUUCAAUUUAGCAUUGCCUGCGCAUGCCUAGCUGUUAAUGCUAAACAACAGGAACAGCUUGCGGAACAUGGUUGGAAUCAAGUCGAUGUAAACUUGCGAGAAAAAGUUCAAAACACAUUCCAUUGUUGUGAUUUCAACAAAACCACUUCGUCCGCUGCAGACCAAUUUACAAGUAUCAGCUUAGUCGCAACCAUAAAGCCAAACAAACCAAGUUGCGAGGAACAAACGAAAUUCUGCUGUGCAAAUAACCCAGAUAAAGAUUGUCAAUGUCCAUCGUGCAUGGAAAAGCUGCAAUCAACCAUUGACUAUGCCUUCAAGCUAUGUGGUGGGAUUGGAUUGUUCUUUAGCUUUACCGAGGUGAUUGCAGCUUUCUUGGCGAGACGUUACAGAAAUCAGUUAGAUCCGGAAGAGUCCGCUGCUCGUGCUAUGUUUCCACGACAUAAUUAUCUAUACAGAACUGUACCGAAGCAUCUGUUUUUCUGCGUCUUCGUUAUCGUCGUCAGACGAGAUAAUCAGUUUUACGAGUGGCGAUCGCCUCUGCGGAUUCGGUGUCUCGGCGGUAUAUCGGCAUAUCCACCGCGAGGCAAAAGCAGCAGUGCUCGGAAAAUGAGAGGCCGCGAUUAUUUGACACACUUAACAGCCGUAUUGUUCGCAUUGAAUGCCGUUGAAAAUGUCGGUGCAGGCAACGAGUACGAUACUUUGGAAUGCGCGCUACCGGACAAUCUUAUUCGCGAAAUCGAUUCUUACCAAGUGACGGUCAAUAAAAUCUUAGAAGCCGCAGUCAAUGGAAGUUACAGAGGCGUGACCUGGCAGGAACUGUCCGAGUUUGUUGACAAAUUUGGCGCAAGAAUAUCGGGCUCAAGAGCGCUGGAGGAGUCGAUCGAUUAUAUGAUGGACAGGUCGAAAGAGCUCGGGUUGGACAACGUUCACGGGGAGGAAGCUCGGGUGCCCCACUGGGUUCGGGGCAGAGAGUCUGCGACGCUCCUGAAGCCGAGAAUCAAAGAUCUGGCUAUGCUCGGCUUGGGAUACAGCGUGGGAACUCCCGCGGCCGGACUGACUGCCAGGGUCGUUGUCGUCAAAAGCUUUGCGGAACUGCAGAAGCGGGCAUCCGAAAUUCCGGGACGAAUAGUCGUGUUCAAUGAGAAGUACGUUUCAUACGGCGAAACCGUGCUGUACAGGUCUCGCGGCGCCACGGAAGCCGCCAAGCUCGGCGCCCUGGCAGUUCUCAUUCGAUCCGUAACACCGUUCUCGCUCUACACGCCUCACACAGGAAUGAUGAGCUACGAGGAGGGGGUGAAAAAAAUUCCAGCCGCCUGCAUAACGCUGGAGGAUGCUGCCCUUCUGAACAGGAUGUCCGAUCGAGGAGAGGAAAUAGAAGUGAACGUGCAGAUGGAGGCGAGGAGAUAUGCCGACGUUCGGUCGCGCAACCUCGUUGCCGAACUACGCGGAAAGUCUGAGCCAGACAAGCUCGUCGUCGUUUCUGGUCACAUUGACAGCUGGGAUGUAGGUGAAGGGGCGAUGGACGACGGCGGUGGCGCGUUUAUCUCUUGGAACUCGUUGGUACUGCUAAAGAGCCUUGGACUGCAGCCGAGGCGAACCAUACGAUCGAUAUUCUGGACCGCCGAAGAAUUCGGGAUCCUAGGAGCCGCGCAGUAUAUCCAAGCUCACAAGUCCGAAGAGUCGAAUCUUCAGUUGGUCAUGGAAUCGGAUAUCGGUACUUUCAGCCCCUUGGGCUUGGAGGUCACGGGCACGGAUUUGGUCAAAUGCGUAUUGACGAGAGUUUUGAGUCUGCUGGAGCGAUCUCUCGGGCAAUUGCGCGUGCGCAGUCCGCAGGCUGGCCCCGACAUUGCAGCGUGGGUCGAGUCCGGCGUGCCUGGCGCCUCUUUGUGGAACAGAAACGAAAGGUACUUUUGGUAUCACCACAGCAAUGCGGACACCAUGGCUGUGGAAAACCCCUUUGCUCUGGACAAAGGCACAGCACUUUUUGCAGCGGUAUCUUACGUAAUGGCCGACAUCAGCCUCGACUUGCCCCGGCAUGCCCCGAAAACGGCUGCGACUGGACAACAAGUCUAAGACUCAAGGGACAAUGCUGCCUCGUGUCUAUGUCUGUAUGGCAUAUGUGUAUUAUUAAAUCGUUGCUUUACAAUAAAACAAACAACAAACAACAAACAACA